UUGGAGCGGAGCUACAAAAUGGCGAGGGCCGCCAGAUUCCAUGAAAGCGAAACCUCGACGGUGGCCCCUCCGCUCCUCUCCUCCUCUCCUUCCUUCCCUCUCCCUUCGCCAUUCGUAUAUCUGUGGCUGAAGAGCUCUCUUCUUCCUCCCUUCUUCUGCCCUCCUCGUUGCCCCAUUAUUUGCUCGCCGGUUGGCUUUCUCUCGAGAACUUCUUCGUCUAUGUUGAAUCCCCAAGCCUGAUGUCUGGAGUAUAACUUGGAAAACCCCAAUGUCUUGUUGGCUAUGAGGCAACCAUGUUGACGAUGUAUGCUUCAACGGCAAUAAAAAGUGUGUGGACUGAUGGAGAACCAAAACCAUUUCUGCAAGCCAGUCCAGGCAGCAUUCUACAUGCUCAUAACACGAGUAACACUGUAGCUUGUCAGAAUUCCUUGGAAAUCCAAGUGCAAAAAUCUUGGAACUUUUCAAGCUUUAAGUAUCACUCUAGCAGAUUAAGAAGUCAUCAUCUGUGGGGAGCGUCCAAAGAAGGAAGCACAAAGAAUUGGCUGCGCUGUUUGCAUAUUAAUGCAUCAUCAGAUGAGGACUAUCGCUCAUCCCGUAACAUUGCAAUCAGCCUAUUUAAACGGUAUAGGAAUGUAGUUGAUCGUGGAGGUGGCGACAACUUAAAAGAAUUUAUCAGUGCUGGGGUGAAUGCAUAUGCACUUGGAUGUACUGAUGAGGGUUUAAGAAAAGAACUUAUGAAUAUAAAGGAUUCUGGCAUUGAGAUUGAAGGACUACAAACUUACGGUGGAGGAACAAGUGUGAAGUUCAAAAUUCUUGCUGAGGAGGUCCAUGAGUGCAUUUUGUGGUUGAGCAUUGUCUUUAUCACUAUCCUGUGCACACCACAACCAACAAUUGUUAGGUGGUCUUCUACAUCACCAGUUUCAUCUGAAGUUAUGCAUCAAUGGCGAGGAUUUUGUGCUCUCAUAGCCAAUGCUUAUUAUACAAGAGGAAUGGCAUGGCUACCGGUGAAGACUCUGCAACUAGAACAAAUGGCUGUAUUGGGUAGUUCUGAGGAGCCAUCAGUUGUAGCAAGUCGGAUGCGAUUAGUGUUUAGCACACUGGAGCAAAUGCUUUGGUCAUGCAACAACACGAAUGAGCAUUCUGCUGCUGCAGCCUGCCCAUCCUAUCAGAGACAUCUAUUAUUUCCAGUUCUCCUGCACUAUGAAUCGAAGUAUAGCACCUGUUCCAUUCAUUCUGUUGAAAAGAAGUUGAUUAAAGAUGCCCCUUAAUUAACAUCUUUGACUAGUUCUUUGCAUCGAUUCGCAUAAACUCUUAUCUGUUGUCUUCCUAUUUUUCGUGGUUAAUAAUUUCGCUGACUGGAUUUCAUAAUCUCAAGCGUUGCACAAAUUUAUCAUUUAGCAUUAAUCAUUGAUGCAUUUUUGAUCUGCUUCCCCAGUCAAGCUUGCAUGUGGACGUUUUUAAGUAAAUUUUUAUUUCUUUACUUUUAUCAAAAUUCAAUUUAUUUAUGUUUCCGUUUUUAAGAGGUUUGUGUUGUUGGCUGGUUGCUCAUAAAUGGAGCCAAGUUUAGAAUUAGGAAAAAAGAAGGAAGAAAUUAUGAUACUCGAAAGUUCAUGGAAAUAAUCUGUUGUUCCACAUUUCUGUGGAUUGUGCAACAUAACAAAUAAUGGAUUGAUAAAAAAUCUUAACCUUCUCGCAAGAAAGUUGAGAUGACAGGUUACUUUGAUUUAAUUUUAAUAUAUCCAAACAUUUGCAAAAUGUGAUCCAUUAAUUUAUCAGCUAAAGGUAUAUUCCUUGCAAGAAUGUUCCAAUUUCAAAUGUGAUGGAGGAAAUGGGUAGUUGUUGGAACAAAAUUUUUUGGAAGAUCAUAAGUGAGUAUAUGAUACUAGAGCAGUAUUGGCAUUUCAGAUAGAUGUACUUGAAUUGCAACUCUAAGAAUCCAGCACAUAUCUUGAUAAAAUCUUAAGUUCCUUGUAACAAAACAGAGAUGAAAAGUUAUUUUGAUUUUUAUAUAUCCAAACAUGUGCAAAAUGUGAUCCAUUGUUUUAUCAACUAAAGGUGUAUUCCUAGUGCAAGGAUUUCCAAUUUCAAAAUGUGAUGGCAGAAGUAUGUAGUGGUUGGAAUAAAAAAUUUUGGACGAUCAUGAAUAAAUACAGGAUGCUAGAACAGUAUUGACAUUUCAGGUAGAUAUACUUGCAUGAUGAAUCUGUUCAUACAACUAGAGUUACUUGCAUUGAUUUUGACUCACCAAAAUUUCUUUCAUUCUUCAGUGAUUUUGAUAUCAAUAAUGGAACAUGUAGUCAUAUUCAUGAUCUAGAGACAAGGGAUAUGCUAUUGUUAUCACUAGACAUAAUCAAAUAAAAGAUAGAAAAUAAAGUACAAGACUAUUAUUAUUACUGGUCAUUUAAUGUAUUCAGCUUACCUUUUGUAUUUACUGACUAUAUGUUUGAUUGCAUCCAAGAGACUUAUCAAUAGUUGCGUGUAGUUUUCAUAUGGUACCGUAUUAUAGUAACAAUACAAUGCUGAACUUCUAUUCACUGCAUUUUCAAACAAGGUGGAAGCUACCAUCUAAAUUUUAUUAAAGUAACAAUGGCAGCACGCCAAGGACAUAAAGUUCUGAAUUUCCAUGUAUCAUCCAAGAGAGAAAAAACCUAUUUAUGUUUAGUAACUAUUAAGAGUUGUAAGAUACAAAGGAUAAAGGGUUUGCCUUCCCCUUGAUGAGAUUAUGCAACCUUGAAUAGGAUACAAGGCAACACCAACUUUGUCUUGAAGAGGGGAUGUCAUAUAUGAGUUCAGAAUUAUGGAGGAGAAAAAUAUUUUAGUCUGCCAUGUGCUACUUUAAAGAUUAAGUAGGGGUUUCAGCUCAUCAAAUAAGGGUCUUACAGAGCCACAGAUGUGCUUGGACAAGCCAACUUAAAAAUAAAAAGAAGUGUAAAUCAGCCA